AUGAAUAGAUGGGAGUUCAAUCUAAAAAAGUAUGACGAGAAAUGUGAAGAAUUAACAGAACCGUUUGGAUACAGAUUUGAGAAGGAUGUGAAGGGUGCCUAUGGAAGUGGUGAUAAUUAUUUAAAAGUUGAAAAGAAUAUAAAUAAUUUAAGUAAAAUAAAAAAAAAUGAAGUUAAUAAAUCAAGUGCAUCACCAGCUAUUAGCGAAAAGGUACUAGAUAGGAAAGCAUGGAGUAUUUGUCUUAACACAUUUAAAGGAUUAAUAAUGAAUAUAUUUGUAAUGUUUAUGUCAGGUGGGGCUUCAGGUAUUUUUGGAAUAAUUUUUAUCAUAUAUUCAAUUUAUAACAUUUUAAAAUCUUUGCUUAACAUUAAUGAUGCGUUCAAAAGUGUAGAAAUUAAUCCAAAUCAAAAAUUCUGGGCUCAGAAGUUCUGUUUUGCUCUUUUAAAUUUUUUAGUUUUUCUUUAUAUUUUGAAUGUUUGUUCCAAUAGUGGCUUGCUACCUAUACGAUCUGCUGAUUAUUUUUAUUUCAUACCACAUCAGACUAUUCGACAGAAGACAAUGACAACCGUUUUUUAG